GCACCGUGGCCUGGGUAAAAAAAAGGACGAAGUCUCGACACAUGGAGAAAGGAGUUGGCAUUGUGCCACCAUAAAGUGUGACAGAUUUCUUCAAACACUGCCGUCGGUCAAUCAUUGGGGAAAUGUUUCAGAGGAGCUCGAAACAUGAGAGAGGAAAUGAGCCGAGACGGACGUGCCGAAAAACACACCGUGGGAGAUGGAAGCAAGCGAGACAAAGGCAGAAAUCAGCUCUCUCCUUUCUCCUGCGUGGAUUUUUCAGGGCUGUGUACAUAGCCCCACCACCUCUUCCUUCCCUCCCCCCCUCUUUCCUCUCGUCCAGCUUUGCUUCACCAGUUCCGCACUGUGCCGGCCUGGAGAGGAGUAAGGGAGCGGAAAGAGGAGCAAGAAGAGAGGAUUUGGUGAACCGAGGAGAGACAGACAGGGGAGAGGGACCAUGGCUGCUCUCUCUGCCUUGCUGAAGACCUGGGUUAUACUGCAGACCUUGUGCCUGGCUCUGGCCCAAGUGAGGGGUCCACCUGGACCUCAGGGCCAGCCCGGCCUACCAGGCCCUUCUGGCACUCCUGGAUCGGACGGCAUUGAUGGAGACAAAGGACCUCCCGGGCCCCCUGGUCCACCAGGACUUAAGGGAGAGCCAGGAGAACCAGGCCCCGAUGGUGUGCCAGGAGAGAACGGCAUUGAUGGUUUGAUUGGAGCAAAGGGUGACCGAGGUCCUUUUGGGAGCCCUGGCCCUAAGGGACAACCUGGACCAAGUGGCGAGCCUGGCCCUCCUGGAUCCGGCCUUCAAGGACUGGCUGGUGCUCCAGGGCCAAUCGGUCUUCCAGGUGAAAUUGGACCAACUGGACCAAAGGGCAUCAUCGGACCAUCUGGACCUCCAGGACUUCCUGGACCUCCUGGCAAGCCAGGUCCUCCAGGGAAGUUCAUUGGUGGGGAAGAGGGCAGUGCAGACUUCCAGUGUCCUCUUAACUGUCCAGCAGGACCAAAAGGCCCACAGGGACUGCAGGGAGUCAAGGGACACAAAGGACGUUCUGGUGUUCUCGGAGAGCCUGGCAGCAUAGGAAAACUGGGCCUCAAGGGAGAAGUGGGCAUCUCUGGGGAACAGGGCAUCCCAGGACCUCCGGGUCCGAUGGGCCUGAGGGGUUAUCCUGGAAUGAUGGGUCCUAAAGGAGAGGCAGGUCCUAGUGGUUACAAGGGCAUCAACGGACCUGUAGGAAUUCCUGGGCCUCCCGGUGAGGAGGGACCUCAGGGACCACCUGGAGAAGCAGGAGACAAGGGAGACAAAGGCAGCAGAGGUAUCCAAGGCCCACAGGGUGCGGUUGGCAAAAAGGGAGAGAAUGGUCUGCCGGGUAUUGAUGGAAAAGAUGGCACACCUGGUAUUCCUGGAAUCAAGGGCAGCCCCGGCCAGGCUGGGAUGCCUGGUUCCCCUGGUCCUCAGGGAACAGCUGGAUUGCCUGGCAGUCCUGGGUCUAAAGGUGGACCUGGGGCUAAGGGCGAGCCUGGACCUAGAGGUCAUGUUGGCAUGCCUGGGGCCCCUGGACCUCUGGGUGAACCUGGUCUUCCUGGUGAGGCUGGUAUGGAAGGAGUCCCUGGACCCAAGGGUGACAGAGGACAGCGGGGAGAAGUUGGGCCACAGGGAAUAGUCGGCAAGCCUGGAGGCAAAGGAGAGAGAGGGCCCAUUGGUAUCCCAGGUGCCCAGGGCCUUAGUGGAACCAAGGGAGACAAGGGCUUCCAAGGCAAAGUCGGGUCAAAGGGAGAUGUCGGUGACCCUGGUGUUGAGGGAUUGGCUGGCGAGAAAGGUGAAAAGGGUUUGUCUGGUGAACCCGGGCCCAAAGGACAGCAAGGAAUUAGGGGUGACACUGGACACAAUGGACCCACUGGAGACCCUGGUAAACCAGGAGACCAGGGACCAUCAGGGCUGCCUGGUCCUAGGGGACUCAAUGGAGAGCGAGGAGUACCCGGCAUGCCGGGCAUUCAGGGUUCAUCAGGACGUGAUGCAUCCGACCAGCAUAUCAUCGAAGUGGUGUUGAAGAUGUUGCAGGAGAGGCUAGCAGCAGUGGCGGUGAGCGCCAAGAGGGCUGUGCUCGGUGGUGCAGGUGUAAUGGGACCUCCCGGGCCCCCUGGACCUCCAGGAUCAUCUGGCCCCCAGGGGCCUCAUGGCUUACCUGGUGCCCGUGGCAUUCCUGGUAUCAUUGGAGCACCAGGACAGAUUGGAAACACCGGCCUUAAAGGAAAGAGAGGGGCAAAGGGAGAUAGAGGAGAUCCUGGUAAACCUCAUCCAGGACCACCAGGACCCCCAGGAAUACAAGGUCCUCCUGGUGUAGAUGGUGUGGCCCGGGACGGCAGGCCCGGAGAGAGAGGACCUCAGGGAUCAGCCGGAGAGGCCGGUCGCCCCGGUAAGGCCGGUGCAACGGGUCUGCCAGGCUUCUGCGAGGCAGCGAUGUGUCUGGCCGCAUCAGCAUACACCUCUCCGAGACUACAGGAAGCGGGAACGAUCAAAGGACCCAAUGUCUAGAGACCUGUCUCUCCAUCAGCAGCUCACAACACCUGGGAGAGAGGAAGAGAGAAAGAGAAGGAAGGAGAGAGACCACUCUUCUCAGUCGGACAACAUCAAGAGCGAGGGGUGGGGUGGGGUGGGGUGGGGUGGGGUGGGGGUGGGGGUGGAGCAAUAAUAGUGACUAGAUGUAUGACGCCCCCUCCUGAAACUCACAACCUAAAGUUUUGACUGGUGGAACAUACUCUGAUCUUAAUCCCCCACAUCACCAUGACAACAGCAGCUCACAGCCACCCACAACGUUUUUGAAUUCUCUAGUGUUUUUGGAUGGUGUCAGUGUCAGUCCCAUCAAAAUAUCCCAGCCCUGUUCCAGCAGUGAGAGAGGAGCAGAUUUACAUUGCAUCUCCUCGUCUCCCACCACAGUAUCUCUGAGCUGAGAAGGGGUGAAAACCAAGCGUGGUGAAGGGUGCUUCUCUUUUACACCGAGGUCACUUUAAAUGGUUUUAUAUAUAUGCAACUUUUUUGUUGGAGAGUGUUUUAAAGUUUAAAUACCCUGUCUGUCUUGCAACAUCACACCUUAUGCCUUUUAAAAGUGUACAAAAAGGACCAAUAAAUGAUUACAGCCUAAUGUCACACUCAGUGCUGUAUUGUAAAAUGUAGUAGUUUAAUCAGUCAGCUUGAGUGAAUUUACCUCAUGUGUACAUUGCUCCCCCUUCCUCCCUCCCCUUCCCCCUUCCCUUCCCAAUCCCCCGCUUUCUACCCAAGUCUCAUUUUAGAAACUAACGACUAGCUUUAUCUCUUCCUCUUGUUGCCUGGCAACAGCAUAUCCCGAUGGGCACUCCCAUCUCCCACAAUGCAGUGCUGUAAAUCUUUGUAAAUGUGUGUUGAUUAUUAUGUAGAGAAAAAGGAAUGGGUUACGAUAUGCACCAACAAAAAUCCUGUGUUAAUGAAUUCAGUGAAUAAUAAAAAGUUCAGACAGAAGUAACAGCUUUUCUCCAAACGAAUCAGUUACCAGUCCGAAUGUGCCUCCUAUGCCACUGUCAACUGUCCACAGGGUGUAACCGAUUCAAUAACUGAUUUAUUUUCAUCUACAAAAGCUAUUUAUUGUUCUUUAUAUAAUCAUCUGUAAAGAGGGUUUUUGUCUGGCUGUUCAGGUAAACCCAAACAAAUAAAAAGGAACCUUUUGUAAAAUCCAA